AUUUAAGUGGUGUUUAGAAGUGGUUGUGAUAAGGCUUUAAGUAAUUUAAUGUCUAUUGAUAAUAUGAUCGUACUAUUUUAGUUUAUUAACGAUGCUUGUUACUAAGUGUCUUAGGAUUCGUAUAGUUGUUUUUUUAUUGCUGUUUACUUUUUUUUUCAUUACAUUCUUUUACAUUUUAAAAUCACCGAGGAAGGUUGAUCAUCUCCUCAACAGUGAGAUAGUUGUUCCGAAUGUUGGAUCAACCUAUUUGCUAAUAAGCGUUUAUUAUGAGUGUCUUUGCCCUGAUUCCAGAAGUUUUUUCAUUCGACAGUUGCUACCUUCAGUUGAAAAAGUUCCUAAUUUGUUAAAAAUUGAUUACAUCCCCUAUGGAAAAGCAGAGACUGAAGUUGUUAAUGAUUCAUAUGAGUUUAGUUGCCAGCAUGGUCCUCAAGAAUGUCUGGGAAAUAAAAUACAUUCUUGUGUAAUAAAAAGAAUUACCAAUGAGUUAACAAGAACAAGAGUUUUGACAUGCAUGAUUAGUGGCAAAUUUAAUCCAGAAGAAAGUGGAAAAAAGUGUUCCAGGGAAUAUGACCUUGAUUGGGAUACAAUCUCACAGUGUGCUAAAGGAAAAGAAGGUGAUGAACUUCUUAAGUUGAAUGGUGAUAAAACUAAUGCUUUAUCACCCGAAGUAUCAUUUAUUCCAACUAUUCUUAUUAAUAACGAAAGGGAUAAUCAAGCUGCAAUUUUAAAAGACUUGUGGAAGCAAAUUUGCUCAAGGUUCAAGAAGAUGUCAUUAACUUCUGAGCAGUGCUGAUCAUAAUGAUGAGGUCUUUCUCUGACAGUAUAAAAUUAUUUGAUUAACUCAAGUUGAAUAUUCCAAAUAUUUUAUCAUCAUUUGAAAGAUAUUGAUUUGUGAUUAACAACAUCAAAGAAUUAUUUAUUUAUUCAGAUAUAUGACAAUAUUUUUUUAUUAUAGGAUUUGGGUAUUUUCUUUUUCAAUUUAUCUGUUUAAAACUAUAUAUAUACAGGUUAUUUUAAAAUCUGAGAUAUGAUGGCACAAUACUGUGAACAUGUUUUGUAGUUUGUUGUUAAUUUAUUUACUUGUGCUUUAAUUAAAUAAUUUAUUCCAUAUGUUAUUUUAUAUAUUAAAAAU